AUGCUGAUGACCGCGCCGACGCCCCUGGCCAACGUCGGCGAGAAGGACGGCGGGCUGAUCCACAGCGUCAGCAUCAGCACCGCGCCUGGCGACAGCCACCAAGCGCGGCCCACCCGGCUGGCCCCCGUCAGCCAGCGCUGCCAGGCUGCUUGCCGCUGGCGCUUCGGGGCAGCUGCGGGCAGCGGCGGCGGAUGGAAGGGCGCCUCCUGCUCCGCGAAGGGCGAGGCGGUAGCCGCACUUCCCCAUGGCGAGGCGAAAGAUGUGCCAACCAGCGUCCAGGAAUCACCCGGCACCCGUCAACCAUGA